AUUUUUUUCUCUGUCAUUAGAAGAAUAUUCCGAUGAAGGAAACCACCCAAAUAAGAUACUUUUCAUCUGUGGAGGUUACUUUAUGCGAGACUGCGGAUAUGGAAAGCGCAAAUCGUGCAAUCGUUCGCUCGAGGAACUUUUAGGACGUGCACGAUAAUUCCGCAUUAGAGGAUGCGCGUGCGGAUGCGGAGAAAACCGAUAUCUUGCCUCACGCGUUACACAUCAGGGUGAAUCCAACAGAAAAGAUUCCAACCCCGUCAGACUUUAUUAGAAAGGCAAAAGUAUCCAAGGCACGGGCAUUAAAUUCACUCGCUACCGAAACACUGAUUUUCGUACAAGUGAGUUGGAUAAAACGACGCGUGGGGGAAAUAUUUCGGAUGCGCGAAAAACACAAUAUUUGCCACGGAUCUGUCGCGCAACGAGGAGAAACAGUGGCAUCAGUUUGAAUCCCGAUAGUGCGUAUGCAUUCAAUAUCAUGUGUUUUGGGACGCCCGAAGUAAAGUAAACCGAGCCCGAUGUUAACUGAAGAACAUGGAGUAUGAGCACGUUUGGAUAUCCUCCAAGUGAGACACUGGAACUUACUCGCGCACAUUGUGUGAUCAUCUCUCCGGAUAGCGCAUAAAGGGAGACCGCAGGUGCCCUCCCGUUGCCCUUUUCACUUUUCUGCCCUUCUGUGCCGCCCAGUAAGAUGGAAGCUCCUCACCUGGCCAAAGCAAACAUGUUGCGUCUCCAUUCUCUGCAUUUCAUUUUAAUGCUGCUCAGAGUUACAGACUGCCGGAUCCUGGAGAAUCUACAGCGCUAUGCCUCCCCUACUUACCUGCCUGUCAACUAUCAUCUUCUCAACACAGAGUCCUCCUUCUUCCUCAAGGAGGCCACCCAGGACUUCAUGCGUAACUCAAGUUUCCUCUCCAGAACGGAACUUUUCUUCAUCCACCAGGCCAGAAAACCCCCAAUCAUUAAUGCCACAUAUGGAACCCUCUCGGUGGAAGAGCCUGUUCCAUUGGAUCUCUUACAGAUGCCUGGCUCCUUUGUGGCUUCUUCAACUCUCUUCACAUUCAAUUGGAAAAUUCAGACCUUUGUUCUCAAUGAAAGGAUUUAUCUGAACAAGCCCAAGGUGCAGGUCUUGUUCUACAUAGUUGGAAGAGAUUGGGACGACUACAGUGCAGUGGAUAAGCUGCCUUGCGCACGAAUGUUCGCCUUCCACGAAACCCAGGAGGUCCGUGGGAGUUGCAGGUUGAGAGGGGAGAUGGGUGUCUGCGUUGCAGAGCUUGAACCUCUUCCUGGGUGGUUUGCACCUCCUAGCGUGGUCCCUGGACGUCAAAGGGGUCCAGAUGUUUCUGAGGGAACGCCCGUGGAGCUCUACUAUAGCCUUCGAGCGGCAGAAACUGGGGGUUGCCUUGGCGAGGAGUUGGGAGUCAAAAGCUCCACUCACUCGGAGCAAGAGGGAUUGUUUGGGUCACCAACUUCUACGCCCAUGAGGCGGGUUGGGAGUGUAAGAUUGUUCCAAACUCCAUCUACUCCAGAAUUAUCUGAUCACCGUUUGGAUGGGAAUUUUGCAGUGUUGGUGCCAUCCACGCCAGUUCAGCAAAGGGAUACUGUAUCAGCAUAUAUUGCCGCUUCGCCAUACUCACCUGUGGAAAUGUUCACUCUCAGGGUGAAGUUAAAAGAUGGCGUAGCAUUCCUUGGUGCCCGACCCAGUAACCCUACACUCUGGAUGGUUAGUCAAGAUGUAAGAACAGAAGGUCAUAGGGUUGUGACCUUGCAUUGUCGCCGUAAGGAGUCCAGCUAUGGACAGAGCAUGGAGCCGGGCUGGCAGAGAGUCGUUCAGGUGGAUUUGGAGGUGGAUGGCAUCGGCAGUACGGUAGGCAGCAGGUCCAUUUCCUGGGCUGUGGAAUACCCGGGCAUCAGAGCCAGUACUGAAGAAACUGAGACACACAUUCCCCUGGCACAGAAAGACCUAGUAGGCAUUGUGCCAUUAGCUAUGGAAACAGAGGUUCUGAACACAGCAGUGCUGAACGGGAAGACAGUGGCAGUGCCAGUGAAGGUGGUAACAGUGGGGACAGAUGGCACUAUUACGGAUGUAACAGACACUGUGCAGUGCCAGUCUACAGAUGAAGAUGUGGUUAAGGUAUCAGACAGGUGUGACUACGUCUACGUGAAUGGCAAAGAGAUGAGGGGGCGUGUUCGGAUGCUGGUGAACUUCACCUAUGGUUACCUUAAGGCCCAGCUGGAGGUAAAGGUCUGGAUCCCCAAACUGCCCCUGCACAUCGAGGUGUCAGAUACAGAACUCAGCCAGAUCAAAGGUUGGAGGAUCCCUGUAAACAGUUAUGUCCAGAGGUCAACACGGGACAGUGACGAUGAUGAUGAUGAAGAGCGGAGAGGAAAGACCUGUACACUGCAGUACCAGAGAGCCAUGGUGCGUGUGCUCACGCACUUUAUUGCAGAAUCCUCAGACACGCGAGGUCAGGUGGCCCACAUGCUCGGCACUGACUGGCAAGUGGAUAUUACGGAACUAGUCUGGGACUUCCUGAAAGUAGAAAACCCACGAAUCGCCAGGCUGAGAGAGGGACGUGUUCUGGAGGGCAUGGACACAGGCAUGACCAGCAUUCAGGUUCUGUCCCCACUGUCUGAUUCCAUCCUGGCAGAGAAGACAGUGAGGGUUGUGGAUGACAGGGUGACCAUCACUGAACUGGGCCUGCAAUUAGUCAGUGGCCUGACUCUCAGCCUGCAGCUCAGCACAGGAAGUAACCGAGCCAUCAGCGCCACAGCAACCACACAGGAAGUGCUCAGCAAUCCUAAACAGGAGGCGCUGAUCAGUGCAUGGCUGCAGUUCAGUGAUGGCUCCAUGGCUCCUCUGGACCUGUACAACCCUGAACACUUUCUUCUGACAGUUAAAUCUCUGGAUGAGGAGGUGGUGUCUGUGCGACAGGAUGCAGGAGGCCGGUGGCCGGUCAUUUCUGCACGGGCCGAGGGUCAAGGUCUGCUGGUGCAUGUUGAGAUGACCAUAUCUGAAGUGUGUCAGAAGUUUAAAAGGCGGACCGUCCUGGCUGCUGGAAACUGCAACAUCCGUGUAAAGUUUGGUCGAAGUGAAAGUGCCUUGAGGCCAGGCGCCGGUGACUACGGCCAGGUUGGAGAGAACAUGGACAUUAGACCAGGUGACCGUAGACAGAGCCCGUCUCUGCCGGAUAGGACUGGAAUGGAAAACCAUUACUAUGACAUGGAGGAUGGGAUCAUGAGGCGAAUCACCACUACAACCAAAACGGCAAUCAUUAGAAGACCAGGUGGGGAAAAGCUGUCAGAUGGUGGAAGCCAGAUGCCUGAAAUUCCCAUUGAUUUUUCAGACAUUCCUGCUCAAGUGGAUAUCCCUCGAGGACACAACGUGGAUGAGGAUGACUUGAUUCAAACACCUCAUGGACUUACAGAUCUUGAAAUCGGGAUGUAUGCUUUGUUAGGUGUCUUCUGCUUGGCCAUUCUGGUCUUCCUCAUCAAUUGCAUCUCAUACACACUCAAGUACCGACACAAGGAGAUGUCAGUCGAGGGUCAGGAAAGCAUGCAUCACGCCCAUGACUGGGUGUGGCUGGGAAACGAUGCAGAACUUUUGGAGAGCCACGUAAGUUUGUCUCCACAGACCGAUGAACACAUUACCAUUAUGGACUCCGGCUUAGGAGGACUAGAAGAAGGUAGCCACCUUCUGAACGGUGGAUCUUUGCAGAAGAACGUUCAAGGCCAGGUACAUAGAGGAGCCGACAGCACUACAGUCUGCACUGGGAAGGACAGCAAAGGUGAUUCGCCAACAACCAAAAGGAAACGUGUAAAGUUUACUACAUUUACUACCAUCCCAGUGGAAAGUGUUAGCCCAGUCAAGGAAAAGCUGGGGGUGGAGCCUGACGAUGGCAUUAAGUGGGUAUGUCAGGAUGUUGAGGUAAGCGAAUCCAAGGAACUGCAAAACUACAUGGAGCGGCUAAACGACAGUGCAUUAAAGGAGAUUGCAUAGUCUAUUCAAUGUGUACAAACUGAACUCACCCUUAUGCCUUUGUAACAGAGAUGAGUAUGAGCCAGGAAACGAUUAUUAAUUAAACCUUACUGAACACAACACAUCAGCCAUUACAUUACAAAGGAUGUCGUUCUUUUGGAUUGAGUUGCCAACUGUAAUAGGACAAUGCUCUGACAGACAACAGGAAAAAUGGAAACAAACAACAGUAGACAAAAUAUGAAAUUUUAACAAAACGAAUCUGGAUCGUUUUUUACUUUGUAUGUUCAUUUAUAUUAUGUUGUCUUCUUUUUUAAAUGAUUUUAUUUUAGCACCUUUUGUAGGUAAAAACAAAACAGUAUUUCCAGGCUUGCCAAUGCUCUGCACUCACUUAUGAGGCUACA